AUGGGACCGGCGCCGCGGGAGGUGGUGGUGAUCAGCAGCUCCGACGAGGAGGAAGAGGUGGGCUCCGGAAGGUCGGUUCGCUCGCCCGCCCCCCUGGGAUGGGCCGCGAAGCUCGGGGACUCGGCGGUGCCAGCACCGCGGAGGCAUAAGGGCAGGUCCCGCGGCGUUCGCGCCGGCAACGACGGCGACUGCGAGGGUGAUGACUGCGUGGUUCUGGACGGCGACCCUGAUAAGCCGGUUGCGGUUGCGGGGGCGAAGGGGAGGAGUAGAAGGGAUGGCGUGCCGGGCGAGGUGGAGAUCGUUGCGGUGAAAGGCGAGGUGUGUAUUGGCUUGUUCCCUUUCAUUUUGAAUUUUGAUCCUUACAAGAGCAUCUCCUUGCAUUUGAUAGCAUGCAAGGACUUCCCUCACUCGCGCCAUUCAUGUUCUGAGAUGCCCUUCAGCACCACUUCUCACGUGAAGCAUUGCAGCAUGUGCUACUGUUUUGUAUGUGAUGCUCCAGCUCCAUGCAAGUACUGGGGCCAAGGGCUCUUGAAUGAUGAUCAUUGCCAUGCCACUGACAAGGAAACAAAGUGGAAAAUACUGAGGCAAGCAUUUAAGUGCAAAAGUGUGUCAGCUGUUGAAAUGUGA